AUGUCAAUUCACGGCUGUUUCUACCGGAUCCCAGGAAACCGUCGUACAGUCAACGAGUACCUCCCACAGGUAGGGUUGGACGUGCACGCAACCCUUCUGUCGACCACGUCCAGAGCCCUCCUCACUCAGACUUUCGUGAAUCCAUCAUCAACAGAGCCUAUUCCAGAAGUCCUCUAUACUUUUCCCCUCUACGACGGAGCCAGUGUUGUCAAUUUUACCUGCCGUGUAGGAGACGACGUUAUUCGGGGCAAAGUGGAACCAAAGAAAAAGGCCGAUGAGAUCUACCAGAAAGCCAAGGCCAAAGGACAGACAGCUGCAAUCUUUGACCAAUCAUACAACGCGGGCGAUAUUUUCAAGACCAGGGUGGGCAAUGUCCCAGCCGGCGGGAAAGUUGUUAUUGAAAUCACAAUGGUGGAAGAACUGAAGCAAGACGCCCAAACAAAUGGACCGCGGUAUACAAUACCCAUGGCCAUUGCUCCACGAUAUGGGGAGCGACACGAGGUAUCAACUGGCCCCGAGGGAACAGUUGUCAAGACAACCAUCAAGGUUGAUGUCAUAAUGGAAAAGGGCUGCACGAUUCGUAAUGUCCGGUCGCCAAGUCACCCCAUUGAGUUGAACCUAGGACGGGCGUCCUACAUGUCAGAAUCUACUUUUGAGCCUUGCUACGCCUCGGUCAGGCUGCAGAAGAAUGCGGUCAUGAGAGAGGAUUUUGUUCUCACGGUGAACUCUGAUAACCAAGAUAACCCUGUCGCCUUCCUGGAAACGCACCCCACUCUGCCCAACCAGCAAUCAUUGAUGGUCUCUCUGGUCCCGAAAUUCAGCCUACCGCCAGAUCCCUCGGAGAUUAUCUUCGUGAUCGACCGAAGUGGCAGCAUGCAAGACAAGAUCGUGACUCUCAAGUCUGCCCUGGAGGUAUUCCUAAAGUCGCUACCACUCGGCGUGCCAUUCAACAUUGUCUCAUUUGGCAGUCACUGCAGCACGCUAUGGCCUCGCAGCAGGGUCAGUGACAAAGCAAGUCUCGUUGAUGCACUUGAAUUCACGAAGACCAUCGAUGCGGACAUGGGAGGGACAGAGAUUCUGGCUGCACUCAAAGCUGCAAUGAAAAACCACUACAAGGAUAAGAUCCCCGAGGUCCUGCUCCUUACUGAUGGGCAGGUCUGGAACCAGUCGGACAUCUUCAAGUUCGUGGAUGAGGCUGUACAGAAAAGCUGUGCGCGUUUCUUCAGUCUGGGUAUCGGAAACGCUGCUUCCCACUCUCUCAUCAACGGAAUUGCUCGAGCAGGGCGAGGCUUCUCCCAGUCAGUCCUGAAGUAUGAGGAGCUAGAUAAAAAGGUCAUCCGCAUGCUCAAAGGGGCUUUGAUGCCACGCCUGGAAGACUGCCGAUUGGACCUGGGACUAUCUGUUCUGGUGGAUGAUUUUGUGGAGAUUGAACCAGAGACAAGUAAACAACCAUCCCUGGAAGUAACCACGAAGCCAAUCUCCUUCUUUGAAGAAAGUCACGAUGAUUCGGGAAUUCUGGAAGUGUCGGGGCAGGCUUUGCCAAAACUCUCUGUUCCAACAUUCAUUCAUGCACCUACUGAGCUCCCUUAUCUUUAUCCCUCCAUUCGAUCAACGGUGUUUGUUCUCUUUUCAAACGAGACCUGUUCUCUUCCUGGCAAAGUCACGCUUCGCGCUAACAGCCGCCAUGGCCCACUCGAGCUGGAGAUACCUGUUCAAGAUGUUGGUAGUGGAGAAACCAUUCACCAGCUAGCAGCCAAAAGGGCCAUGACCGAGCUUGAGGAAUCUCGAGGCUGGAUCCAGGAUGCAAAGACCGAUCGUGGCGAAUCAAUCAAGGAGAAAUUUGAAAGUCGAAUGGAUGAGCUCGUACAAAACGAGUGCGAACGACUGGGUGUUCGAUUCCAGAUCGCCGGCAAGCACUGCUCGUUUGUGGCUGUUAGAGAAACUAAACCCGAUUCCGAACCUGCGGCAGAAAAUGCGGAAAUUCUAGAAGUUGAAGCGUCUGGUAUGACUGGCAGUGAGAUUGAGAGUGAAAUUAACUUAGAUAUAACAGACCACAGUGCCAUGAAGUUUCUACGUGAUGUCAGUGACUCUAAUGGUGCGAUCAUUAGCUGUGCUCCUGCAUCGGCAUCCGCUCCAUCUGCUUCUUCUGGACUUUUCGAGGCAUAUUCGGAAGACGAGGACCAGGACGAGGACGAAGAUAUGGGCUUCGCACUUUUUGAUGAUGAUACUCCUCCACCAGCCCCUCAAUUCAAGGAUUUGUGCAAGAAGAGAGCCUUCCCCAUCAUGCGGUCUACAACUGCAGGAAAGCGUUGUCGAAUGUCAAUUCCUGAGAGCGACGAUGAAAGCUCCAAAGCUCGUGGUGUGGAAUCGAAAUUGCAGCGAAUCGUCCAGCUGCAGGCAUUUGAGGGUUACUGGGACUGGUGCGACGAGCUUCAUCAGAUACUUAGCCUUGAUCAAAAAGCUCUUCGUGCGCAAUUGCUUGGUCGAUACAAAGCGCUUACAGGCAACGAAACUGAUAUUCUGGACCACUCUGACUGGAAAGAGAUUCUUGCUACUAGCCUUGUGGGUCGUUAUCUAGAGAACCGGGCCUCGGAAUCCAGAGACGUCUGGGAAUUGCUCAAGGAGAAGGCAGACAAAUGGGUGAAUGAUGCGAUUGAGUCCAUGAGUCAAGAACAUCGAACAGUUGUGAGAGAGCUAAUUGCUGAGCUGAGAUCUUCUUUCUGA